GGGCUGUGAGUGGAGUGGGAGUGGGAGUUAAAGCGUAGUUAAUAUUGGCGAUGAGUAUGACAGGCUUGGCUUCACAGCUAGUGUUGGGCCUCCAGGAGAUCCGGUUUUCCAGUGUUUUAAGUGUCCAUUUUCUAUACGCGUGGAAUUCUGUCAAAAGAUAUUUACGGGAAAGCGACCUGAUUCCGAUAGCGUUAAGAAUUUGACCGAUGCAUGCAAACGAUGGAAAUGGGGAUCUCAGCCCUGUUUAUGCAAUGCUGCCUUCUUCAUGCUGUUGUCUGCCAGUUGCUCUCAUUUAUUCAAUGAAUAGUAAUAGUAGGAAUUUUAGGCAGUGUGACUUUUAAUAAGAUCCUAUGAUUAUGAAGUGUUAGAGCUCCUGCAUGGUUGCUGAGUUUCUUUUGGAUCUUCCUCAUUGUCUGUCUAAACGAUGCAGUCCCAUCUGGUUUAGUUGUUUGCAAUGAAUGGUGGUGUUGUUUCUGAAGAGCACGAUUACAGAGUAAGUGUAGUACACCGCUUUUCUAAGAAGAUAGAUAGCCUGUCUGGAUCGAAGGAUAAGAUGACAAGUACGUCAUUUGCGUAUUGACGUUUAGAGACGUGCAUCGAAACGGGGGUUUGUUUGUUGUGUCCUUGGCAAUUACGGAGGCUUGCUUUAAAUGCGUUGUGUGAUCCGGAGUACGAGGGACGCGGGAGUCAGAUUGCAGGAACACGCUGGACGACCUAGACCUUAACUAAUGAGUCAGAUUUGAUAUUGAAACUCCCUUUCCUUUGCAUUUUGGUCCAGUGGGCUCCUGUUCCGCGAAAUAAAGCUUCGAGGACCAAAAAUAGCCUAUCGUAAUGUCAACAGGAACCCUCCGGCUUGGGAAGGAAAGAAGACGCUGUUUGGCUGCGAUUUGGCCGUGAAGCCGAAAGUCCAUUCGCCAUCAUGAGUUCUAUUAGACUUGACAGUAGCGAGAGUUGGAAGCACAAGAGUGGGCAAGCAACGCGCGGAGGCGGACGCGAUGGUCGUAGUGGCGAGAAGAUUCUGGUUGCUGUGAAUGGCGGCGCCAAGGAGAUGAACAAAUGUGCUUUAGAAUGGGCCCUAACGAAUGUCGUGCAACCAGGAGACUGCUUAACCAUUCUGGCCCUCGUCUCUGCCGAUAAAUCUGGUAGGAGGUCACCAGGUUUUCCAAUCUUUGCUCGGGACUGUGCCGGUGGCUACAAGAGAAGCCACAACGGAUAUUUUUCCCAGGAACGCAGGGAUGCAAUCCGCGAUUCAUGUAGUCAAAUGGUGCUGCAGCUAAACAAUGUCUGCGACACAGAUAAGGUCAAUGUAAACGCAAAAGUAGUUUCCGCGGAAUCCCCCGGCGCAGUAGUUUCUGAAGCAAAAAAUUUGCGAGCAACCUGGGUUAUUCUGGACAAGCAGCUAAAGAAAGAAGAGAAAUAUUGCAUGGAAGAACUACACUGUAAUCUUGUGGUAAUGAAGCGGUCUAGCCCCAAAAUUCUUCGGUUAAACUUAUUAGGAUCCCAAACAGUAGAUGCUUUUGAGUGUUCUUCACCUUGCCUGGAUUUGAUCAAAGUCGAAGGCAAAGCCACACAAAAUAACACAGACAAAGUACUGGAUUCUGUUCGUGGAGGACCUGCUACUCCCUCUAGUAGUCCAGAUUUGGGAACACCAUUCACAGCUACAGAGGUUGCCACAUCGUCUACUUCCAGCUCUGAUCAGGGGACUUCGCCAUUCAUGGCCUUUAAUAUGAUAAUAAAGCCUUUAGAAACAAUUGAUAGAGAUAAAAAUUGUCAGGAAGCUGAAACCACAGAUUUUGAAGAUGAAAUUACUAUUUCAGAUUCCGACAGUGAAGAAACGAGUUCUCCUUCUGCAAAUUUUGAUAUCUAUUACCAGAAUCGAUUGCAUGUGAAACCAUAUCCAGUUUACAGGGAUUCCUUUCCUGGAGAAAUUAAAAAAUCGGCAUUUUCCGUAAGCUCUGUGGCUGGAACAGUGCCUGGUGCUCUUUCAUAUUUGAGUACGUCAGCCAAGUUUUCUAAUGCUUUUCAGCUUCCCUCAAAAUGGACAGCAGAAAAUAUGUCACAGAAUACAACAUCAAAAUUGGAUAUUGAGAAACUUAAUUCCAAAUCUGAGACUACAAGGAUCCUACAUGACAGAUUUUCCCAGUUGGACAAAGAAGCCAGAAUAGGAAAGAAAAAUUGUGUUGGUGAUUUAGAUCGAACCUCUACCGUAAGAAAAGCAAUGGCAUUACAGAGAAAUGCACCUCUUGGUCCUCCACCUCUCUGUUCAAUUUGUCAACACAAGGCCCCUGCUUUUGGCAAGCCUCCAAGGUGGUUUUCUUAUGCAGAACUUCAGCAUGCCACUGAUGGUUUUUCGCAGGCAAAUUUCUUGGCAGAAGGUGGUUUUGGAUCUGUUCAUAGAGGCAUUCUUCCAGAUGGCCAGACUGUAGCUGUUAAACAGCAUAAGCCUGCAAGCUCUCAAGGAGAUUUGGAGUUCUGCUCAGAAGUGGAAGUUUUGAGUUGUGCUCAACAUCGAAAUGUUGUGACGCUGAUUGGAUAUUGUAUCGAGAAUAAGCGAAGGCUUCUUGUUUACGAGUAUAUUUGUAAUGGUUCACUAGAUACACAUUUAUAUGGUCAAAAUCGGGAAACUUUAGAAUGGUCUGCACGCCAGAAAAUAGCAAUAGGAGCAGCUAGAGGGCUGAGAUAUCUACAUGAAGAGUGUCGUGUUGGUUGUAUCGUUCAUCGUGAUCUACGUCCUAAUAACAUUCUUCUGACACAUGAUUUUGAACCAAUGGUUGGGGACUUUGGCCUUGCACGUUGGCAACCUGAUGGUGAUCUUGCUGUGGAAACCAGAGUUAUUGGCACGUUUGGGUAUUUGGCACCGGAAUAUGCCCAAAGUGGUCAAAUUACCGAGAAAGCAGAUGUGUAUUCCUUUGGAGUGGUGCUAGUGGAGCUAGUCACAGGCCGCAAAGCUGUAGAUAUUAAUCGACCCAAGGGACAACAAUGCCUCACAGAAUGGGCACGCCCUUUGCUAGAGGAGCAUGCUAUCUAUGCAUUGGUGGAUCCACGUUUGGGGAACAACUAUUCACAAAAUGAAGUCUAUUGCAUGCUUCAUGCUGCUUCUCUGUGCAUUAGAAAAGAUUCUCAUUUGAGGCCGAGGAUGUCUCAAGUACUUCGAAUACUAGAAGGAAACUCAAUGAUUGAUGCGAGUUGUGCUGCAACACCUGCGUACGGUUCUUUGACUUUUGUCAGCAGGACCAGUACAUCGAGCGAAUACUGUAUUAAUCAAAUUGGAGCUUUCAAUCAACCUGUAUUAGACCUUAACAGUUCCCUUGACCCUGACUCUAUUGUGGACACAAGAGGUAAAAUGUCCUUGUUUGGAGAGCCCCACGUGAACAACACAGGCAAAUUGUCUUACGAAGCAUUAAAAGCAGCUUACAGGAAAAAGGGAAGUUGUGCACGAUCUCUUUUGAAGACUAGAAAAUAACAGAAUCACGAGUAUUCAUUAUUAUUUAUAGGUGCCGAAAGGCAGGUUUGCUAGUAGCAGGAUAAGUGCUGGGAAAACGGAGAAUUUUCUAUGAGUAAAGUUGAUUUUCCACUUUCCUUGAGCACCCAACAGUAGCAGCAUAUUGUAUGUUAAUAUAGAUUUUCUGUUAAAGUAAUUUGUUGAGGAUAACUGUUGGAGUCAGAAAUGUACAAGGUGUAGUAAAUACAGGAAGAGUAAGCAAGAUUUAUUUUCAUAACAGGUGUGGCGUUCCUUUGUUGUGCGUUUCCGUGUGUGCCCAGUACAGAGUGAUUAAGCGUUGCCAGUGUCGCAGUUGUGGUUUGCAUUCUUAUCGUAUUUGUGCGAUGUGGAGCUGGGAUAUAAAUACCCGUCACAGAAGGGAGCAGUAUGAUAUUAUUGCCAGUCUUCUAUGCGGCCAAGGACUGACGUAUAAUUUGUUCUGUGGGAAUGCUAAUGUCAGAAUAAAAUGUUUAGGAAAGAAUUGUAUGUUUAUACAGAAUAAAUCAAAGAAAGAAUUGGUUGUGCUGA